AUGGAACCUACCAACCCUCCUGCGCGUCCGCAGAGAAUCAUCAGGAACGCCGCCCAUUUUCACCAGUUGGAGGCAGAGGCCAGAGCAGCGGCGCUAAGCGGUGCUAACGCAGGAUACUGCGGUGACUUUCCAGAUAACGAUGACGACGCACAGGGCGUGUUGAUUGACGAGAUGCUGGAGGCAAUGGCCAAUACCGCUGGCGUCGUUGACAAUGACAGCUCUGACGUCAAGGCUAUUCGCGAUCUGCCUAGAGACAAACAGGAAAUGAUGGCAUGGAGGGCCCUGUUCAAAGUUCGCGACACCCAGCAAGGCCUUCAUAACCCGGAUAUCCUGACGGCACGCUUCCCCGACUUCACGAGUAGGUGGAAGGCAGUUUUGGCCCUUGUGCGCUCUAGCAAGGCCGGAGCCACCCAGUUUUUUGCGGUGCACUACCUGGACCGCUAUACAGCGAACCCUAUCAUGGAGCUGGAUACCAAAAUAUCAAACAACAACACGAACAGAAAUAAGGACUACAACCAUGAGCUCAAGGCAGCCAGGGAUCAUGGUCAAAUCGUUGCGAAGUUUGAUGAUCGCGCCGAGAUUAGAGAUGCCUCGGGAACGCUCCUCAAAACGUUGAUGAAGCCGAGGAAGCGCGUCCUGAGCGAGUUUCUUCCCCCGGAACUGGCUCAGUCCCCGGCGGCCAAGGUGAAACGUUCUAGAGGAAGCCGCAGGGGCAUGGGAGCUUCUGCAACCCCGGUAGGUGUGUCUUCUUUUGCCAACGGAGGGCAGGCUACCGAGAGCCACGCCGCGAGCUCCCUCCACGCUAUUCAAGAGGUGAAGAUGUACGAGCCUCUUCAGACCAAUUCAGGCAGCGUCCCCCUCGACGACAAUCAUUUGAACCGCGAACAAUCUAACGCCGAUAAUUUCGAUUUGAACUCAUCCCAGAGCGAUGAAGUCCCGACUCACGCAAUCCAGAGCAACGCCGACUUUCCACACGCCGAACUUCUCGAUGACGAACUAUUCAGUGGCGACCAAAGUAAUACCGACCUAAGCUACGCCGACCUGGAUAACGCCAACCUAGACAGUUCCGAGCAUGGCCGCACCGACUAUAGCGGCGCCAACUUGACCAACACCAGCCUGGCCGACACGAUCUUGAACAACACUGGCUCCAACAGCCCCGGCCUUCACCCAAGCAUCGCCACUCUCGACAACAUAGAUCAAUAUCAUAUGCCGCAUCAACCUCAGCUCACGUCCCUCGAGCAUGAGCAUAACCACGGCAACGCCACCUAUGGCAGUAACCAGGCUGGCCCCGGACGUGCAGCUGUGAACCCAUCCGGCCGUAUGGUUCAAAACGCAGCCGGCGCAAAUUGGUGGGUGGAGGACAAGUCCUCUAACGAGUGA